GGUUCCCACGGCAAAUCGGCACCUCCGCGAUCGCGUAUAAAUUGGACGGGGCCGGGUUCGGCACGGAAAGCACACAGCAGCCGUCUAGCUUUUUCUGGAAACAACAUACCUUUCCCCAUCUAGCUCCGCGCUCGGACAACUUCUGCAAGCAGAGCCAUGGCUCUCGAGAAGGCCAAGGAGAUCGUCGCUUCCUCCCCCGUCGUCGUCUUCAGCAAAACUUACUGUCCUUUCUGCGCCCGAGUGAAGCAAUUGUUAGCACAGCUGGGUGCAAGUUACAAGGCCAUUGAGUUGGAUGUGGAAAGUGAUGGCGCUGAUCUGCAAUCAGCUCUCGCUGAAUGGACCGGUCAGAAAACUGUUCCCAAUGUCUUUGUGAAAGGGGAGCGUAUUGGUGGCUGCGACGCAACCAUGGCAAUGCACGACGGUGGGAAGCUGGUGCCUCUGCUGACCGAGGCUGGAGCAAUUGUCACUGCCAGUGCCACUGCAACUACCACUCCGUCUUUGUAGACAUGUUUUACAGUGUCAUUCCGUUUGCUUCGUGGCUAAUAUAUAUAUGUUGUACGGAGUACUAAACUCAUAGAUACAGUAAUAAAGAUGAAUACAACAUUUCUUCAUGUUGACUGUAUUUUAAGCUGUUCAUUUUUUUUUCUUUCUGUUGAGCCUCUCUGUAACUCUGUAUACACUUCUUCAUCCUCUGGACUGCGAGCUCAAUGUGUAUGCCUCUCAAUUUCGUGUCA